AAAUUGAUUUAUUGCUAGAAAUGUUUCUUUCAUCGCUCAAAAUUUAAAUUAUUUAUAAACUUAUCUUACAAGUUCCUGUUGUGGAACUUCCUCCAUUACUACUUUUUAAUGGACACCCUGCAGCCAAUCAGGAAGAAGUAUUCGCCCAGACAAAUGACAUAAGCAGAGACAGAGAGAUGUUGCAUAAAAAGGGAAAACAUCUCAUUUCCAGCCCUGUAACCUGCGUUGAUGGGGGUGUUUCUGAUUCUCAUGUGCAGUUCUGGACCUGCUCACACAGGAAGCACAUCCUGUGCCGGGGUCACGCUGACCCGCGCUGGCGGAGGUGGUUUUCUGUUCUGGGGUCUGAGCCGCACAUGUUUGACAUAUUCUGGAUAAGUGGAUUACAUUCCUCUGCCGUCUGGGGUCCGCGCUCCUCCUGACUUCAGUCAUUCAUGCAUUUUCUUCUGUCGGAGAAGCAAGGCUGGAUUGUCUGCGUGGACGUCCCUCUCCCCUCAGCGUGGCUCCUCCGGCUCCUCCUGCAGACCUCCUCCCUAGCAUGUGUGUGCGGCGCUUUUUUUCUCCUUUUUUCCCCCUGUUUUGCUGGGAGGGGGAGGUUGCGACUCGCAGGGCUCUCAGAGGAAGCGGGCUGCCCCACAGAGCAGAUAUGGAGCCUCUGCCACCGGACUCCUUAAAGACUUGGAGGCCGACCAAAGUUUUCUGACUGAGUGCAGCUCUGCUGCUGUGUUGUGGGGAGUGGAGGAGCGUGUUGGAAUGUCUGAUGUCGCUCGGCUGGAUCAGGUUUCCCAGCGUUGCUCGCGUCUCUCCUCUGAGAGCCAACAAAGAGGCUCUGAUGAGCAUGUAGGAAAUGCUCUGCACACUUGUGAGCUUUUUCUUCUUUUCCUUUUUGGUUUCUCUCGGCGUCUCUGUGUCCUCAUGCCUCCUCUCCUGCCUCCUCCUCCUCUCCUUUGUGUUCUGCGGAAGGAGGAGCUCUGGAGCAGCGGAGGAACAAAGUGAUGUCUGAAACUUUGACUCGGACGAGCACAACUGGAACUGAUUUUGUUUACUCUGCAUGGAAACACUCUGAGCCAAUCAGGAUCUCCCGCCUGCCAUGGACUGCGCGGCGGGUGUGCUAAAGACGUGUGCCCUCCCGAGGACCAGGGGGGGAGAGCGGCAGCUGCCCCCCAGCUGGCCGGCGUGGGUGCCGGCAGACGGCUGCGGCGCCGACGGCGUCGCCCGUGCCGUGUUUCUGCUGCGGCGCUCGCUGCUGGGCUUGUGCUGCUGUCGGGCCCACGAAGACAGCUCUCAGCUGUGCCGGGGGUGGGGGGACGACCCGGUCGAAGGAGUGCGGGGAGGAAGAGGAGGGGAGGAGGCUGAAGAAGCCCCGGAGGAGUUAGGACCGCCCCCUUCUGUGGACGAGGCGGCGGACGCCCUUAUGACCAGACUGGGCUUCUUGCUGGGGGAGAGAGUGGUCAGUGAAGAACCGGUCUCUCCACAUCAAACCCAAGAUGAAGUACAGAGAAUUUCUCCCUCCUCCAGUCUGGCUAGCAGCAACACCUCCCCCUGCUCCACUCUGCAGCCUCCCGCUGGGGGGGAGGGAGGCUCGAACAACAAGCCCCCCUCCUGCCACCACGCCUCCGUGGCCUCCCCCACCUCCACGCUGGAGAGCAGAGACAGCGGCAUCAUAGCCACCCUGACCAGUUAUUCUGCUGACUCGGCUGCAGAGCGGGAGGAUGGUUCAAAAAAGUACGUUGGUGACGGUUACCAUGGCAGCGGCCUCAGGCAGCAAGGCGGCCGGCUGGUGGCGCCCUCUGCUUCCUCGUCGUGCGUGCUGGCGGGGGGCAGCGUGAGGGACUGCUUGCUGUACCAGGGGGACGACGGCCUGUCCGUCUCCACCUACAGCCUAAACAAACUCCAUCCGGACCGCGGACCCGGCUCCUCCAACUCCUCCGCUUCGUCCCACUCUGUUACGCUCAACCUCAUUCCUCGCCCGAAUUCGGUGGCAGCCACUAGUUCAGCCCACCUGGAAGACCUAGCAUAUCUGGAUCAGCAGCAGAGACAUUUGCCCUCAAGGACGCCUCUCCGGCUGCCCAGACAGAAUCCUGGGAGUCACAGUCAUCAGGAUUCCAGAGCAGUCCGCUUCACCCCCUCCCUCAACCUGAAGUCCCUCCACUUUGAAGUUCCUGGCCUCUCCUCUGAUUGGCUCUUUACUGGCAGAGACUGGCUUUUUCAGGAAGUGGACAGUUGUCUUCGCAGCAGCGACCCUGUGAGCAGCAAAGGCGUGCUGAUCAUCGGAAACAUGGGCUUUGGAAAGUCUGCUAUCAUAGCCCGCCUGGUGGCGCUCAGUUGUCACGGAAACCGCAUGUGGCCAAACAGUUGCAACCAGACAAUGCCGAGAUGCGUAGAGCCUGUUCCUCCGUCUCAUGAUUCCAUGGGGAAAGGUGGAGAAGAUGAAGGAGGAGGAAGCUGCCCAGGGACUCCAGAGAUGAGGAGGAAGCAGGAGGAGGCUCUGAGGCUGCUGGCAGGACAGGUUGUGUCCUUUCACUUCUGUCAGGCGGAUAACUGCCCCACCUGUCUGGUCCCUGAGUUUGUGCACAACAUGGCCGCCAUGAUGAUCGACGCCCCUCAGCUGGCCGCUUACAGAGACCUGCUCCAUCGGUCGCCGCAGCUCCAGAGCUUGCUCAGCAUGCGCUCCUGCGUUCAAGAUCCCAGCUCGGCUCUGCAGAGAGGAAUCCUGGACCCUCUGGAGGCUCUCCACAGAGAGAGGAAGAUCCAUGUGGAGGGGGCGGGGCUAAUUGUUCUUAUUGACAGUCUGAAUGAGGCAGAGUUUCACCGGCCUGACUAUGGAGACACGCUGACUUCAUUCCUGUCUCGAAGCGUCCAGAAGUUUCCUCCCUGGUUGAAGGUCAUCUGUACUGUCCGUACUGCUCAGCAGGACAUCACUUCCUCCCUGCGUUUUCACAGAAUCUCUUUAGACCUCAUCGAGGAGAACUGCGCCAUAGAUCGAGACCUGCAGUGCUACCUGAUGCAGCGCAUUCAUAGCAGCUCUGAAAUUCAAAACAACGUGUCGCUCAGCAACGGGCGCCUUGACAAUGCAGCGCUCGCCAAACUCAGCACCCAUUUAAAGAGCCUAAGCAGAGGCUCGUACCUGUACCUGAAACUGACUCUGGAUCUGAUAGAGAGGGGAUACUUGGUCCUGAAGAGCUCCAGUUUCAAGGUGGUUCCUGUGAGCCUGGCUGAGGUGUACCUGCUCCAGCUAAACAUGAGGUUUCCCACCCAGUCUUCUUUCCAGAGAGUCCUGCCCCUGCUGAACGUCACUGUGGCUUCCCUCCAUCCCCUGAGUGAGCAACAGCUGUUCGAGGUGGUGAAUGCCGGCUCCCUUGAAGGAGGAAGCAUGCAGUGGGCGGAGUUUGAGCAGCGUCUGGAGCAGCUUUCUUUCUUCCUGCUGCGGCGCAGGGAUGGCAGCCGCAUGUUGAACCACGCCUCCUUCAGGGAGUGGUUGAUGUGGAGGGAGGAGGGACAGGACGAGCGCUUCCUCUGUGAUCCCAGGAGCGGCCACACUCUGCUGGCCUUCUGGCUCUGCAGAAUGGAGGGGAAGCUGAACCGGCAGCAGACUUUGGACCUGGGGCAUCACAUCCUGAAAGCUCACAUCUACAAGGGCUUAAGCAAAAAGCUCGGGGUUUCCUCCUCCAUUCUUCAGGGGCUCUGGAUGUCAUACAGCACAGGGAAUCUGAGCCUGGUUCUGUCAUCGCUGCGCAACCUUUACACCCCCAACAUCAAGGUGAGCCGUCUGCUGAUCAUGGCUGGGGCGGAGGUGGAAUACCAGAGUGAUGUUCUCAACAAGGCCCCCCUGCUGUGUGUCCACGCCCACCUGGGACACGCCGACGCUGUGGCACUGCUUCUGGACCAUGGAGCAAAGGUGAACGCUCGCUCUCAGGAUGGUUUGACCGCUCUGGGAUUUGCAGCAGCCGCUGGCCACCUGAACAUUGUGACCACGCUGAGCCAGCAUGGAGCCAAGGCUGGACACGUGGACGACUCGGGUCGCUCGGUUCUGGUUCUGGCAGCCCAGCACGGUCACCUGGAGGUGCUGCGUUUUCUGCUGAAGUGUGCUGACUGGAGCUGCACCGCCUGCUGCAGCCAGAGGGGCGUGAGCAGAAGCCAGGCAGUGCAGCAGGCUCUGAUAGCUGCUGCCAGCAUGGGUCACACGGAGAUGGUGUCAUACUUGUUGGAUCUUCCUGAAGAAGACGAGGAAGAGGAGCAGAGGCCUCAGAUUAAUGUCUAUGACAGUCUGUGGGGAGAGACAGCCCUGACGGUGGCAGCAGGACACGGUAGACUGUCCAUCUGCAGGCUACUGCUGGAUCAGGGAGCUGCUCCAGAGCACUGCAACAGGCAGGGAGUCGCUCCUCUGUCUGCUGCCACCAGGCGGGAUCACUGGCAGGUGGUGGAGCUCUUGGUGAACCACGGGGUGGAUGUGAACCGCACCGACCAGCAGGGCAGGACCGCUUUGAUGACAGCAGCCUCAGAGGGACACAUGACCAGCGCCCGGCUGCUGCUGGACCACGGGGCCUCUCUUGACCAGAUGGACAGGGAGGGCCUGACGGCGCUGAGCUGGGCGUGUCUGAAAGGUCAGCUGGGGUUAGUCAGAGAGCUGGUGGAGAGAGGAGCCGCCACGACCCACGCUGACCGCAGCGGCCGCACACCACUGGAUCUGGCUGCUUUCUGCGGGGACCCAGAAGUGGUGCAGCUUCUGGUGGAUCACGGUGCUUCUGUGGAGCACGUGGACUCCAGCGGGAUGCGUCCUCUGGACCGAGCUGUCGGCUGCAGAAACACCUCGGCUGUCAUCGCUCUUCUCAAAAAAGGAGCCAAAAUCGGACCAGCCACCUGGGCCAUGGCAACAUCAAAGCCGGACAUUUUGAUGGUUCUGCUGAGUAAAAUGAUCCAGGAAGGAGACAGUCUGUACAAGCAAGGCAAGGUGAGGGAAGCCGCCCGCUCGUACCAGUCAGCCCUGCAGAAGUUUCCAGGAGACGAGCUCAAGACGUUCAAGCAGCUGAGAGUGUGUGUUCUGCUCAACCUGUCCCGCUGCCGCCGCAAGAUGAAUGACUUCAGCCUGGCUGAGGAGUUUGCUACCAAAGCUCUGGAGCUGAAGGCUAAAUCCUACGAGGCUUUCUAUGCCCGAGCCCGUGCCAAGAGGAGCCGCAGACAGUUCCACGCGGCCCUGGAGGACCUCAUCGAAGCUAGCCGCCUAUGUCCAACCAACCGGGAGAUCCAGCGGCUGCUCUCCAGGGUCAAAGAAGAGUGCCGGCAGGCUGCGCAGCUGCAUGACUGCCCUCCUUCGUCCCAGCGUGUUUAUGAUGGGGCCCCGCCCACUGGGGCGGCUCAGGGCCAGGAUUCGAGGUCUGUACUGGACACAGAGGGCCUCGGGGAUGAAGAGGAGGAACUGAAUGUAGAAGAUGAGCCUGCUCUUCAGCCACAAAAUCUGGAAAACCGCUGCCAUGCACGAGUACCAUCUCCCUCCCCACUGUCCCCCUCUCACCUGCAACAACACCUCCCCAGCCCCACCUACUCAGCGGGCCUGUCACCCCCCUCUCAUGCUGCACCUCGCCCCACUUCCCCCUUAUAUUCUCAUUUCAGCUCUCCGACUUCCCCAGGUCACAUGGCCCAGGGGGUGCAACAGAACUAUCUAUUGUCCACCCAGAGGUCCCUACUAAAUCCUGGGAACAGCCAGAGCUCCCACUCAGGCCUGGGGCCAGCACCCACGUCCGGUCUGCCUGCCCCCACAUCCCAGUCCUCUAUGGUUUUUCGGCCUUCCGCCUACCCUCAGUACACCCACCUGCUUCAAGAGCUGGCAGACCUGGGGAAGGGCUUCAGUGCAGAUGGGGGGACCCACCCCCAGGUUGGGCCCGGCCUUGCCUCCCCUGCUUUGCAUGCGUUCGAUGAGGUGACCGCAGACAUUGCUCGCCAGGUGAGAAGUGCUCCUGUCUUUGGUAGGAUUGCAGAGUCAGAGAGGGUGGGGGUAAAUCGUUUUGAGCAGUCCCGGCAGUUCAACCGCAACCAAUCCAAAGCUGCCUACUACCCCAUGGAGGUGACUGAAAAUGCUAAGGGCCCAUCUGAUGGCUGGCUGUCAUCACACGAUUACCAGUACCACCAUCAAGGGGGGGUCCGCCGCCCUUUUAGUGCACACUCCUCCACUGCUCCACCACUGAGGCCUGUCAUGCACCCUCAGGGCUCUGCUGUCCAGUUCUCCUCCAGCAGCUGCAGCCUUGGAGGUGGGCCCUCACCGGGACAGGCCCCCAGCUUCAGAACAUCCUCCUCCGCGCAGCAUAUUGAACCACCCUUGGACCAUGUGGGAGCGAGCGGCAGUUAUCGUGACGACUUUUUGCAGUUGUCCUCCCCUCAGUCAGAGAUGUGUGUGGUUGGGGGCGGGACAUACCCAGGAGAGGCGGGGCGGUCUGCCAGGAGCACCCCCUCAAUGGGUUUGACUGACAGGACCUUCAGGGUGCAGCAACAGCAAACGACAUCCAGCUCAGCAUCCUGCCUCAGCCCAUCCCGCUCCUGGGCCGUGUCCUGUGUGGACACGAUUGUCUCCGCGCCAAGCAAGAACCCGGCCAGCUUGCCCCCACCUUCAUCCAUCGCCUACUAUAACUGCAGCAAUAACAACGGCCACCUCCUCCUCAAAAGCCAGCCCGACUCCUGCGAGGCGGCUUUGGCUAAGCCCCGGCCGGCCGUGAGGCUGACUGGAGCACGGCCAGCGGUCUGCGCUGGCAGAUCUGCAGACAGGCGGGGUUGCCCCACCUCCCCUGUCAAACCCAAGCGCCCCUUUGUGGAAUCAAAUGUGUAGAGAAUGACCACAGAACCGGGUCGGAUUGGCACACGCCCAGGUGGAACUUGACUGGCUGGAAAAGUCAUCAUCUUGAACACAAAGAGAAAGAAAAGACAAAGGAUUUCCAGCCGAUCAAAGACUUUAUUAGAAGUGUAGUUUCUGACAUGAAAACCCCCCCGGCUGGGAAAGUUUAAAAGGCACAGAACUUUGAGGGCUGGGAUAAAGAAUCGUCCUCUCACUGAGCAGGAAUCCACAUCUGCCAUAUUUAUCUUUUAAAGACUAUGAACCUUGUUUUGUCUUCAGUUUGUCUUCAGAUCCCAUCUGUCCUGUCUUUCUUACCUCGACCUAUACCAAGUCAAGCACACAGAAGCAUGACCAAACACUAAAACAUGACAUGCACAGACUUAGAUUUGCCUUCUUUCAAUGGUAUUGCUGUUUUUCAGACUGCUAAAUGCCUGUCAAGGACAUUUCCUGAUAAGAGACUAAACAGAUCACGUUUCAUCCGAUUGCAUCAAGACUUUACAGUUUUAUACCCAAAAUAUGCAAAAAGAAUCUGCAAAACAUUUGCUAUAUUUCAUACAUAUUUUCUAAAACAGUAAAUAGGCAUAAUAAACCAACGUGACUGGAAUUUAGGUGAUUUUUCUUGGAAAGAUUCUGAGAUAUUUUAGUCAAACCAGACCAGACUGGGCUGAUCCAGAACCAACUGAGCCACUCACAGCCAGAUCCACCUCUUCUCUGUAAAAACAUUUACCUGGAUCUUAGGAAAGAACUCAAAGAAGACAAAUAUUUUAUAGAAGGCUUGCAUUAAAAAAAAAAAAAAUGAGCCAGCAGAGUUUAUAGUCACAUACUAUCUGCCUGAGUGGGUUUACAUCAGGGCAGCUGAAAUGUGACUGUAGAGCAGCCAUAGUUCUGAUCCAGGCCCAGAUGAUGGUGAUAAAUUGGCUCCUGUCUUCUGGUUUGUACCAUAUUAAGUCUGUCAUAAAUCUGCACCCAUGCCGUCUAUGACCAUAAGAAAACCACUGGAUUCAAAUGUUGUUUACUCUGUGGGAUAGUGAUUCCUGCUUUCAGUUUUUAUUCAAAAACUAUAAUAGCAUUUUUAACAGAACCAUCAUUUCAACAAAAAAGGUGGAACUUCGCUGUUAAAAUAAAGAAUUACUACAUUAAAUCAACAUUUUCUUUGUCCAAAAUAGUAUAAAAUGCUUAAAAUUAAAAUUUCUGCAUUUUUGGAAUUCAUAUAUUGUUAUGAUUGGUUGGAACCAAUUUUUUUUAAACCCCGCCCUACUUGUCAUGAUUCCUGGUAUUCCUCUGAUGUCAGACAGUAAACGGAAGAGGCUGUCAGACUGUGAAUGUAACACCUUUGCUGCUUUCAGACCCACUCCUGAUCUCCAUGGCCUUUCCCGCACAGCCAGGUGUUGCUGUAAAUCUUCUUUUCCUCUCUGCUCUGGAGUGUGAGCUGCCACAUGCCAUCAGCCCGCCUCUUUUUUACAGUCAUGUGGGUUGUUGAGGGUCUGCGUGUGUGGCUGGUUAAAUCAUCUUAUUCUAUCCUCAGACACCAUUACCUGACCCUUGCCGUGGCCCCCUUACAGAGAUAGCUCUGUAUAGAGGGCGGGGACACCGUACGGAUCUUGUUUGUCCUGGGCCGACAUUCUCUGAAGUUACGUCUUUGUGUAAAACCACUUCUCUGCAACGCUGCUUUCAUCAACUAUCUUGGGCUUUAUUUUUAAACUGCUGGUGUCCUCAGAGACCUGAGGUGUACCUCAGUUUUUCUGUGUUUCCAGUUAAAGGGAGACCUUUUAACUGGAAACGCUUUAACUUGAUGAUUAGAUACUGGAAAGGGCUCGCGCUCUGUUUCUUCUGAGACAUGAAUGUCAGGUUGUAGCCAUUUCAAACGUCCGUUUCUAUGUAGAUGUGGGUCUUUGGGUUGAGGAGCUGCAGGUUCUUUUUGGUUCUGAAUUGUCGGUCACGGUCUCUGGCAUCGCCCUGAUUUCUUUGUGCUCUGGCAGAUGCAGGUCUGCUGAUGUGGGACAUUGUUUUUCUGAGCGUGACAGUCGCCUGCAGGGAGGUGAACCGUCAGGACCUGGACCUGGGUGGGGCUUUCUUACAGGAGCUCUCGUACUUGAACCCGGAUCCAGAACAGCCUUGGUCUUUAAGCCUUGAACUGCUGUUUAAUGACUGACUGCUGUUACUUUCACAAAGGUGAAUAAAGUCGAUUGGUGCUCAAGUGAA